AUGUUCACCGUUGACUUUCAAACCUGCCUCAUCUUCAUCGUUCUCUGCCUCUUCUCAACCAUCUUUUACUAUCUCUUAUUGGUCAAGAAAACAAAGGUCGGAUAUAAUUUGCCUCCGAGCCCUCCGUCUCUGCCCAUCAUUGGCCACCUUCACCAUAUCCUCUCUCUUCUAAUCCACAAAUCCUUACAGAAACUCUCUUCCAAGUAUGGACCUAUCCUCUAUCUCCGCGUCUUCAAUGUCCCCAUGGUUCUCGUCACAUCUGCCUCAAUAGCCUAUGAGAUCUUUAGGGCGCAAGACCUAAACGUUUCCUUUCGCGCCCUCCCUACGAACGAGGGCUCCAUCUUCUUCGGACCUUCUGGCUUCAUUACCGCUCCUUAUGGAGACUAUUUGAAGUUCGCGAAGAAGAUCAUCGUCACCAAGCUCCUACGACCUCAGGCGCUCCAUAGGUCAAGAUGCGACCGUGAAGAUGAGGUAAAUCGAUUUUACGCAAGCUUGCUUGAUAAGGCGAUGAAGAAGGAGAGCGUUGAUGUUGGUGGGGAAGCAAUGAAGCUGAUCACCAACAUCAUCUGCAAGAUUCUCAUGGGGAGGCGUUGCUCGGAGGAGAACGGUGAAGCGGAGAUAGUCAGGAGAUUAGUGACCGAGUCAGAUCUCUUGUCGAAGAAGUUUAUCUUGUCGGCCAUCUUGCGCAAGCCGCUUAAGAUGAUCGGGAUCUCACUGUUCAAGAAGGAGUUAACAAGUAUCUCCCGCAGGUACGACGAGGUGUUGGAGACGUUUCUUGUGGAACACGAAAAGAAAAUGGGCGAGAAUCAUCAUCAUCGUUAA